CACCUGCUGCUACUGGAUUCUUGUACUACCACUUGACCAAGAUUCACCACUUGCAGUAUGGGAAUCCUCGCUACUCUGGCUCUGACUGCAUUCGCAGCGUCAUAUGUCACAGCCUCGUCCAGCUCAUCUGCCGCUUGCAAGAAGACUCACCACGAAGGCUUCAACAAUGACACAGCCAGUCACACUAUUCGCUCGGGCAAAUUCGACAGAACUUACGCUGUCAAAGUUCCAGAUGGGUACAACAAGAAUCUCGGAAAGCAGUGGCCAUUAAUCUUGGACUUUCACGGCAACAGCGGCACUCCAUGGCAGCAGUACCAGAACUCACGCUAUUUCGACUACGCAAAAGGACAGCAGUAUCUCGUCGUCUAUCCCGCUGGCUAUGAGGGAUCUUGGCAAGGCCCCAGCUAUGCAAACCAAGAUGUCAAUGACCUUCAGUUCGUGACAGAUCUGACCACUCAUCUGAAGACGGAAUACUGUAUCGACGACAGUCGCAUGUAUGCUUCGGGCAAGUCGAAUGGCGGCGGCUUCGUUGACUUGCUCGCUUGCUCAGACAACGGAGACGAAUUCUCGGCAUUCGCCAUGGCCGCGGCGGCUCUUUACACAGACACCAAGCUGAGCGACUGCAGUAAGAAGAGAGCCAUUCUGGAAUCCCACGGCGACAAAGACCAGACCAUCCCGUAUCACCCUACAAAAGAUGGCAGCGGAGGCCCUCUACCCGACGUUGGUAAAUGGGUAAGCUGGUGGGGCCAGCGAACCUGUGGCUCCAACGCAAAGGCGAAAUAUUCCAAGGAUCUCGGUGGCUACAAUACCACGACCUAUUCUUGUGGCGGACGCAACGAAGUCGUGAAGCACUACCAGAUCUUCGAGUUGGGCCACUGCUGGCCUAACGCUUUCAGCAACAAUUGGGAUGCGUCGGACAAUUACAAUCAAACCAAACGUCGCUGUCUGGAUAAGAGUCUUGAUUUCACUCCGGUCGUCCUCGACUUCUUCAGCAAGUGGAGUUCGAGCAAUGCGCCUUGACCUCGCGGAAGGGUGGACUUCAAGCAAUACGUGCCGAGGGACUGAGAGGAAAUUGCAAAGGCGAAUCAAUUAAAAGUAGGAAUGAAUGUUGUAUGUUUUGAAGCUCGAUGAGCCCGAGCAGACAACGCGCACUUCGAAGAGGCAGCGACAAUCUGGAUAUCCACGUUCGCACCCGUUUCUUGCUUCCAGUACACCCCA